AUGGCCCAGUCUACUGCCACUAGCUUUGACCUAGACGGCGUUGAUAUUUUCACUACUCGCAGGACAAUGCAGCGCACCAAUAGUCCGAUUGAGCGGACUCUAAUUGAGAAGGGCCCGGCUGAGUACCAGGAACCCGAGCAUACUGACCGAGCCACCGAGCAGGCCACUAAGCUGGCCAGACGGGGUCGGCCAAAACGAGCUCGAUCCGCGGUAUCUUCUAUUGCUACAGGACCACCACCUCGUACUCGACGGAGAUAUCAGCUUCGGACAGAGGACCACGUGCGGAUGCGGGCGUCAGAACCAGUAGCGAUUGGAUGGGAAUAG